AGAAAAGAAAAGCUUUUUGUUCCACCCAUGAUGGAUUGGGCAAAACUCCCAAAGGAUCUCUUAGACCUGAUCUCCAAAUGUCUAGAUUCUUCCUUUGAUCUCAUCCAGUUCCGUUCUGUAUGUUCUUCAUGGCGAUCCGCCGCGGGGCCAAAGCGCCUUCUCUGGGCACAUAACCUCCCGUUCUUCCCCUCCGUUGACAAACCCUUUCUCUCCAAUGUAAUCCUCCGCGUCGCGCACGGGAGUAUUUUACUUAUCAAACCUCAUGAACCGCGAUGCGAGGCAGAUCUGUUUGGAUGGAUUGUCAAGGUCUGGGAUAACAUAUGUAUCUCGGUUCGUGAAUUGUGUCGGGAAGUCAAGCUCUAUCAUCCUGAUUACAACUGUGACCCUGGACACCCACCUUUAGAGUUGGAGUUGGGGAAAACUGUUGUCAAGUACCUGGAGGAUGACAAAUUCGUGUUGCUUACGAUUCUUGAAUAUGAAAAGUUAGCUGUGUUUAGGUCUUGGGAUCGAGCAUGGACUGUGAUCAAUGAUUACAUGCCUUUCCGUUGUCAAGAUUUAAUAAUGUUUGAUGGACGUCUCUUUGCUAUCGACUACAAUGGGACAACUGUAGUUGUUGAUUACUCUUCUUUCAAAUUGACAUUGGCCGCUAAUCCUUUGAUUGGCGGCGGUGACAAGAAGUUUUUGAUUGAAUCUUGUGAUGAAAUGUUUCUGGUGGAUAUAGAGUUUUGCAGAAACAGACCGAAUGAGGAUCCAGAAAUCACCGGGGGUUUCUAUUCAUAUUUUUAUGAGACCACAGUCAAUUACAAAUUUAAAUUCUUUAAAUUAGUGGAAAGAGAGAAGAGAUGGGUUGAGGUGGAGGAUCUUGGGGAUAAGAUGUUUUUCCUUGGUGAUGACUCCACAUUUUCCGCUUCAGCUGCUGAUAUUAUACCUCUCUGUGCGGGAACUGGAAGCUCCGUGUUCUUCUACACGCAUGAGGAAUCCUUGUUCGUGAUGGAUGAUCGAAACUUGGGAGUGUUUGAUUUCAGGAGUGGGAAAAUAGAGCUGGUAAACAAACUCCCUGAAUAUGCCAAGUUGUUUUGGCCUCCACCUCCCUGGAUUACUACUUCUCAUGAGGUCAGUAGUUUCCAAUCUCUCAACCACCCGUGUGGUUGUUACAAGAACCUUGACUCUUCUUAUCUUUAUGUCCAAGGUAUCUGUUACCGGGGAGAAGAGCUAAGCAAUGUCUCAUGGACUUACAGUACCAAAAUGGUUGUUCGGUGCAAGGCCGGAGCAGUGCCUCUGAUGAAGCAAGGCCAAGCCCAUUGCUGAACUUGUUUCUCUGCUCAAUAAACAAGAAAGAUAUGUUGAUUCAGAAACGCUACUUUCUACUGCAGUUUCGAGGCUGAAGUCAAAUGAAAGAGACUUUGCUCUUUUCCUCUGCAAUUUGGUUGAAUCAAAUUCUAAACAAGGA